AUGGUGCAACUGGCGGGUCUCUCACGGGCAUACGCUGUCCUUCGGCAGCUUGAGCUGCUGCGCCAGCAGGACGUGCUUGACCCGCUGCCGCCCGACACCGAGACGGAGACCGAGGCGGGCAGCAAUUUGUCGGACACCGGGCGGGGCAACGGGAAAACUGCUGGCGCGCCCACCACGCUGACGGAUUGCUGCGCUGCUGGGAAGGGGCCUCGACUGGAAUCAUCUCCCAUCAUCACCACUGCCGCCAAAUCGAGUGGCGACGGCAGCAGGGAGAACACAACACACGCACCGCAGUGCACUGAGGCAUAUGUGAAGGAUCUGCCGAGCCUGCAGGAGAGGAUGUCACAUCAAUCUGUCGAUUCGCCAAUGGUGGGCAACGGAGAAAGGGAGAGACGGCUCGUAGAAGAGUACAGCUAUGACACGACGGAGUCUGUAACAUCGGGGAGGAGGCUUUCGCCCCAUCCUUCCAUGGAUGGAAGAGCGCAGGCGCUGCAGCGUGUGCUGCAAGAAAUUGUGGCGAGGCGGAGGCAGGCCGGUGAGAAGGCAGUGACGCCCGACCACGAUGACGUUCAUAAGCUAACGCAACAAGAUCCGUAUCACAGGGCAGGCGUUGCCUUUCGUCCUUCAGGCAGGUGUUCCAAGAAGAUCUCGUCGCGGUUACUGUCGCCAUCACGGGGCAUCGAUGGAGAAGAGGACGUUUUUUUUGAUGAAUCACCUCUAUCAUUCGGCAUUUGUACACGUGGCACACCGGGGAGGGAGGCGGGGCAGCGGAUUUAUGACAGUCAUGAAAAGUCUUGCGCGGAUGAGGAGGAAACACGUAACGAUGUUCCUCAUGCAAAAGAAGGAGAGGAAUAUUCCCCCAGAGCCGUUCCGCUGGUCUACAGCCCCCCGAGGGGGAGGAAGGAUUUGCUGACUUAUUCCGCCGUGAGUGAAUACACCAAGUCACUCCUACGCCAGCGCAGGCAACGCCACGAGAAAAUAAAGGCCGAAACUCAACAACAACAAAGGUGUCGUACUGUUGACGCCCAGAGGCGACUGGACACGACACCGUUGAAUGCCACUCUCUCACCCAUCGCUUGUAUUGAGAAUCCCGACAAAGACGUCUCAUAUAAUCUCAGUCGGAAUCUCGAAUUUGAUUCUCUGCAGGAGGAAACUGUAAUUCCACCGCUUCCCUUAUUUAUCCAGGAGUUACUCGUUAUGGGUUCAGCAGAGAUGCAAGAGAAACUGCGUGGGAUGGAAGGUUGCUGCAAUGGGUCUGCGAUGUGGUGUCGGGAUUGGUUUGCGCUUACGGCUCUUGUGAACAGUCCUGAUGCCAUCCGUCAUGUCAUCCUUCCUUUGCUUCUUUUAGAGUUACUGGAACAAAAUGAAUCGAACGAGCAGGACGCGAGUGAUGCCAAUUCGAGAAUGUCGCAUAUUCUUUGUGCUCUGAUUGGAUUGGGAGGCCUUGCCGCAGGUGUCCUUUCACUGCUUCUGGAUAUGCUUACAAAGUCCCUUGGGUGUCCCAGACUUGUGGCACUUGCGAUACGGGCUGUGGGCGGCGAUGAGGGCCUGCAUGCGCUUUGUCGUUUGGCACGUUGUGAGCAAAUGGAUCAAGGAGUUCACACGGCUGCAGUCUACGGCAUCGGCACGCUAGCGUACCCUGCUCUUGGCCACACGGAUGUUUACUGUGUUGGUGCACCCGGGCUGAAUGGCACGAUUGUGUUCUAUCAGCCACCGGUUCUUGUAGGAUACGUUGAGGUGGGAAACGAUGGAGAGCGGCGUCGGGAGACGUCAUUGCAAUGUCCACCGCCGUAUCGACCCACACAUGUCAUCUUGAGCGCGGAGUUAGUGCGCAAUAAAUUACUUCAGUUCACCGUUUCAAGGAAUUUUAGGCGAGCAACGGGUAUUUAUGAAACUCUUCCACUUGUACUAAGGGAUUUUGCCCGUGAUGCGCCUGAAGCAUGCCGUUUGCAGGGUUUAUCGGAUGAUGUACAGGAAACACUACGGCGAUGUGCGCUUGAGCUGGAAGAUGUGUCACAUUUUUCGGCCCGUGUGCUUCCAUUUUCGUACGAUCCGCAUUAUGCCGGUCGAAAAGAGGAAGUAUUUGCAGUUGAGGAGGUUCUCAUGAACGUUCUCUACAACCGAAAAACAACACUGGGUGUUGUGGAGCAGACACUUGUAUCUAUAGCUUCGCUUCCGGAUUUUGCAACGACACACGCUGCGUUUCCUGUCCUUGAUUAUGUCAUCAAAUGCGUGACACGCUUUGAGCGAGAGGGCGAUGCUGCCGUAGAGGGGGAGAAGGCCGUUCUUGUUGCAGGUCUUGUUGCACUGGGGCGCCUUUUGCGGAAUGAAGGUACACCACCCGCUGUGAUAGAUACCGCUUGCGUUGUGCUACUGCAUAAUUUGGACUCGUCGUCGUGUCGUCUGCGUCACGCUGCUUGCAUUGGGCUGGGCGAGGUUGGGGCUGUGGUGAAUAAUCCGGGGGUUGUCGCCCGUGCGCUCACCGAUGCUUUGAGUGAUGCUGCGAUGAAUCACGAGACUGUCGCAUGGGCUCUCACUCGCCUGGGCCUACGGGGCGUGAGGGUGCUGCUAGACCAAAUCGCUCCGGGCGAUGGUAAAAGUGGCAGUAGGACCAGUGGUGAUUGGCAGAAGAAGAAAAAUGGCAGUCGGCAUCAUGCGGCGGCGGCGCUCCCAAUCUCCACACGCAUGGUUUGUGCUCGUGCGCUGGGAAAAGUUGACUUUUUGACGGUUUCGCUCGGCAUUCACGAGGACGCACGCCGGUUGCAGGAGGAGUUGGUCCACCGACUUGCUGCGGCCAUCACAUCUGCUCAGAUGGAGGAAGAACUUGCGCUUGAAUGUGCUUAUGCGCUCGCAGAGGCGGUGAGCAUUAAUCUUAACGGCAAGACACCAACUCCGUGCCGGGAUGAAGAGGCGGCUAGUUACUACCGUAGUGAGACGUUGAAUGAAGCCUUUCAGGUGUUGAAGGGACUUGUCGAGUCGAUUCCUCUCCCUCUUUCUGUCAAUAAAGCGUUGUUUUACUCCAUUUGUCUCUAUGGCGGGGCGCACGGUGAAUUAUACGCCUCUCAAACGGCUAUUCAGGCCCCUCUUGUGGCAUUGCGUGCAGCUGCAACCUUUGGUUUGCGUGCAUGUGGGGGAAGAGUCAUUCGCACGGUUGUGAUGGCACUUAACGAUGAUGACGCCGCUGUGCGGGUCGAGGCGUUUGACACGCUGGAUGCUGUUGGAGUCAAGGAUGUUCUGAGAGUCCUGCGGACGCGUCCUCACAAACACACCCAGCAAGUGAUUGCCGCGCUGCGGGACUCUCUUCUGCGCGACAUGGGACGCGGAGCGAAGCGUCAGGCCGCACGGGAUUUAUACGCGGCCUUGCUGCGAGCUUGA